AUGGACAGGAGGGCAGAGUUAAAAGAGCCGAUAAUUAAUGAGUCCUUCCAGGUUGAUCCACUCGCGAUACCUGCUGUUCAUCCGCACACAAACUUCGAUGAAGGGAGGACGAUUGAUUCUGAUAUAGAAGCUGAUCUCGACGAUAUCAAACGUGCACAGAAGCUUUUGGUCAACAUGACCCCAAUCGUAUCUACGCCUGCGUUUCGUCGUUGUGUACGUACCGUCUAUCGUGGGGAUUUUGCCCAGAUGGAGCAGGAGGCACAGAAUGGCCGGCGCCGGGUCCGAAAAUACAUGGUCGCUGACGAUCUAAGUGAUGAGGCUACUCAUGCUUUAGAAUGGACUGUGGGGACAGUCCUCCGCGACGGUGAUACUCUGCUUGUGAUCUUUUGUGCUGACCAAGAACUGGGAGCUACUCCGAAGAACAUGGGUGCAGACGACCCACGAACAGAGGGAGAAAAAGAGCGGCAUAGAGCAGUGCAGGACAUGACGGAUAGAGUGGUGAAGCUCCUAAGGAAGACAAACCUUCAAGUCAAGGUUGUUGUCGAGGUUAUAUAUUGUGAGAGCCCGAAGCACCUGAUGACAGAGGUUAUCGAUUUUAUCUCGCCAACCUUGGUGAUCUUGGGGGGCAGGGGAAGGAGAGCCCUGAGAGGUGUUAUCCUUGGCUCCUUUUCUAACUAUCUUGUUACAAAAUCUUCCGUUCCUGUGAUGGUGGUACGAAAUCGUCUUCGCAAGCAUAGCAAGAAAAAUAAGGAAGCAGUCAUGCGCCCUCUUUUCGGAGGCCUAUCUCAUGCGAAGGUUGACUGA